CCGGCAGCCGGGGGCGGUGCUGCGGGGCGGGGCCGGGCUCCGCGCCCAUCGAUGCCGCUCGGCCGUGGCGCAGCGCCGGGCCGGGCCGCCGUGCCUCAGCCCGGGGGCGGCUGCCGGUUCGCCUGAAGCUGGAUGAGAGAAGAGCAUGGAUAUGGGGAACCAACACCCUUCCAUAAAACGGUUGCACGAAAUACAGAAGGAGGUCAAAGAGAUCGAACAGCAAGUGGCCGUCUUCAGCGGGUUGUCCACGGACCGGGAUUACAAGAAGCUGGAGAGGUCCCUCACCAAACAGCUGUUCGAGAUAGAUUCCGUGGACACCGAGGGCAAAGGGGACAUCCAGCAGGCCCGGAAGCGCGCUGCCCAGGAGACGGAGCGGCUGCUGAAAGAGCUGGAACAGAACGCGAACCACCCGUGCCGGCUGGAGAUCGAGGCCAUCUUCAAGGAGGCACAGGCGCUGGUGGAGCGCGAGAUCACGCCUUUCUACAAAGGAGCCAACUGCAUAAACGAGGAGUUUGAAGAAGGCAUCCAGGACAUCGUGCUGAGGCUCACCCAGGUGAAAACUGGAGGGAAGGUUUCUUUACGCAAAGCGAGGUAUCGCACCCUGACAAAAGUGUGUGCCGUGCAGGAGAUUAUAGAAAGCUGUGCCAAGCGACAGCUCUCCCUGCCGCUCUCUAAUGAUGCACAUCCUUCUGUCUCCAAAAUUAACUCUGUAAUGUGUGAGGUGAACAAAGCGAGAGGAACUCUUAUUGCGCUUCUGAUGGGAGUGAGUAGUAAUGAUACCUGCAGGCAUUUAGCCUGCGUGCUCACAGGCCUUGUCGCCGAUUUGGAUGCUUUGGAUGUCUGUGGUCGCACAGAAAUAAGGAAUUACAGAAAGGAAGUUGUGGAAGAGAUCAAUAAAUUGCAAAAAUACCUGGACUUGGAAGAAGAAGCAAAUUCCACUCAUGCUUAUGACUUGGCACAAAAUCAGUCCAUUCUAAAAAUAGAAGAAAUCCGCAAGAAAAUGAAGGAAGUUAAUUCUUUACUUUUAAAAACAGAGAAUGCUUCUGAUUUGUAUUUGGGAUCCAAAGCAGAACUGCAGGGAUUAAUUGCUCAGUUAGAUGAAGUGAGUCCGGGAAAAAAUCCUUGUAUUAGAGAAGCCAGGAGAAGAGCAGUAAUAGAAGUACAAACUCUCAUAACGUACAUUGAUUUAAAAGAAGCACUUGGAAAAAGGCAAAUGUACGCAGAGCAGACUGCUGCAGAACAUCAGUCUCAUAAAGCAGUUUGGUCUGUUCUUGGAAACUUGUCUCAAAUUCAGCAGGAGGUGAUUUCUUUUGAUGGAAAUAGAACAGAUAAAAAUUACAUGCGACUGGAAGAACUCCUCACAAAACAACUUCUUGCACUUGAUGCUGUUGACCCACAAGGUGAUGAGCGGUGUAAGGCUGCCAGGAAGCAAGCAGUAAAGCUUGCACAGAAUAUUCUUUACUACCUGGACAUGAAAACAGAUGAAUGGGAGUACUGAAGUAGCCGUGGCCUAACGUAGAAUAACAUUUUUUCCUACAGCACUUCGUGUAGGGUGAUAGUUACAUUGGCAGCACAUAAUGAAAGUGAUGUAUUCUAUGCUUGCUUAAAUCAUGGAGGUUGCAUAAAAAGUUACCUUGGCUAUAUGUGUGCUAUCCCACGCACUCACCCACUUGCCAUGGCAACUGUCAGUACACCAUCAGCAAUUCUGGUCACUGCUAUAAGCAAUGGAAUAUGAUUCUCUGAAGGAGCUGCUUAUGAGUUGAUUGAAUGGCUUCUUUUUCUGUUUUUGAUUUAAUAACCUUAUGUAAUGUUCAGAGAAUGUAGGUAUUUCAAAGACACAGAAAAUUCCUUAUGAUACAGUACUGGUAGAACUGUUUCAAGAAAGCUGGACAUGAAAGUUAGUAUUUAAGCAUGAGGCUCCAUCCAGCAACUUCAUAGCAGUCUGGAUGUACUCUUAAUGUGCUGUUUUGAUGAAAAGUAUUAAAUGCAAAAAAAAAAAAAAAAAAAAACCUGCUGGCUUUUGGGUUGUACUUGUUUUAUUCCAUCCAUCACACUUUUCCUACUUAGCAGACAUCUAAUGCCAACUUCAAAUUUACAUGGGCAAAGCCAAUUUUUUUAUGGUGCUUGCAACUUAGAAUUUGCAAGAAGAGUUCUGCUGGUGGAAACUCUCUAAUAUUUUUGCUUUAAGAAGCUGAGACUUGGAGAAGACAAUCUGUAGAUAUAUACUGGCCAGAUGAAUUGGGUUGUGAGGAUUUCACACUGCCAUCCAUUAGCACCUGAAAACUGCGAUGAACUUUAUUAAUGCUACUUAGGUGUCUUUUUAAAUUCUGCUGUUCUGUCUGGUUUUGACUUGUCAUUUCCUGUUUGAUGAAAACAGAAGUCACUUUGAUGAAAACGGAAGUCACUUUGAAGCAGAUGAGCAUUUUGGAAUUAUUUUUGUAAAAUGAGAUAGCUAGAUAUAAAGGCAUCCCUAAUGAUGUACAUUUGUGUGAUAUAUAUAUCUCUUUCAUAUUGGUCAGGUGUGGCUUUAGGCAUGUCUUGGAAAAGAGUUCUGGCAUACGUCUCUCCUUGUAAUUCAUUGCUUAAUUAUAAAUAAGCUUUGUAAAUAAGCUCUAUUGUACUACCUAUGCACUACCUUUUUAUUUGUGGCUGCUAGCACCAAUCACAUUUCUACUAUAGCAUGGUUUUUGGCAUUUUUAUUUUUUUUUUGAGCAUGGUAUUGAAAUGAAUUAAUACAGAGAGAUAUAUUUAAUUACAGAAACUUUGCACUUAGCUCUUUCAUGUUGAAUUAAUGAAUCAAUGUUCCGUAGGUGAUGAUUUGCACCUCUUUAAGGAGUAACAACCAUUUUGGAUGUUAAACUUUAAACAGAGUAUUUUUAGAUAUAUUUUUAACCGAUUAAAUAAGACAGUGCUGUCUGUGAGAGACAAGUGCCUUUAGGACACCACAAACUUGCACCAUUACAUGUAGAUAUAGAAACUGUUCACUGGCAGCUUGAUGCAGACUGGAUUUAUUGCAUGUAUAUAAUUCCACUGUAUCUCAAAUUAACGUAAUACAAUAGGUGAGAAUUGCUCUAUGGCGUCCUGACAACAAGUGUCAAAUUUUGGAAAAAUAGAUUCUGUUUAAAAACUGAAUUUAUUUAUUUUAAAAUAAAUACGGAGACUGGGGACAAGAAGGAGAGAGUACUCUGCAACAUGCUUUCAGAUGCUGCUGAAAGCUGGUGUAACUUCAGAGUAUGAAUAUAUUUUAUGAGUGUGCACGUGAUUUCUUCACAUUUUACUUGCCGAAACCAAUCUGUUUUGUCAGUUAAGUAAGUGUAGUACCUAAGGCACAGUUCGGCAAUGACAGAGUGUUUACUGGUGGGUUCUCCCUGGCUCUUCAGAGAUGCAACCUCGUUGAAUUUAUCUCCCCUUACCUCAGAAAAAAGCCAUUUCCUUCGGGUAAAAUUCCAAUCUGUAUUUAUAGAUUUUAUGGCUAACACGGAAUAGUGAUGUUUGACACCUGAAUUAUUUUACUCAUUUCAAGAUUUCUCUGUGUUUGAACUUCAACUUCUAGUUUAUGCUUAAAUUUUUAGGAAAUAUAAGAACUUAAUAGUGUGGUAAUAGUAUGCAUUUUUCUUUUGUGCUGCUGUCAGGUCUGCGGUGGUUACUUGUAGGCUGUUUAACAGUUUAAUGUUGGUGUUCUUUGGAGGUUAUGUGUAGCUUCAUAGAUGUUUGAACUUAGGUGAAAAUGAGUAAGUGUAGUUUGCAGAUCUAUUUUAACUCUGCUUGUCUUUCAGCUUCUCCGAAUAAAAAAUUAAGCCUGCAUCUCUAGAGAGGCAAAUGUGUAAGGUUAGUGUCAUUUUCAUUAACUGACUAGAAUUUGGUAGCACAAUACUGGGUGGAUUAAGCUUUUUUUUUCACUAUUCUGUAAUCUAAUCAAUUGAUUAUUUAAAUUUUGUGGUAAAAUCCUCAUCUGGAAUGGGAUCAAUUCACAGGUUUUGCAUGAAUGAAAACUAAAUAUGCUUAACAAAAAAAAAAAAAAAAAGAAGAAGAAGAAAAAGCAGAGAUUUCUCAGUCUUGCUUUUGUGCUAAAGAAUGUAAUGACUCUUUUUUUAUAUCCAAAGAUUGCGGAACACACAACUUCUCAGUGUGGCAGGCUAAAGUAAUCAGCAAAAUGUAAAUGGACCAAAUUGCAAAAGCUUGUGUUUUAGUACUAUACUGAAGUAAAGUAACUUCUGUGUACUUAGUAACCUACCUUAGAGCUAAACACAUUAUUGGAUAUUUUGGGGAGGUAAUGAUACAUCAUGAUUUCUAUUUGUUAAUUGUAUUUCCCUUUGGAUUGGUUUUGUUUGGUAUCUCAGUGUUUGUUUUUGUUACUCACCUCUCAGGGGGUUUUUGCUCUGUUACCGGUUUGGAGGAAGCUUUUGUUAACGUAAAUUAUUGUACAUGCUCCUAUGAUGUGUGUCUUGAUUUAUUGCUGUGUAGGGUAUGGCAUUUGUAUAUACAAAUUCAAGAUUAAAUAUUGCAGUGUUGUAUUUCUGAUUAAUAAAAAUACAUUGCUAAUUUUACAAGGUA